AUGGAAUCUCCGGCGCCGUCCUCGUUGAAAGAGCAGCUGGGCGUCCUCGACCAGGAGGCGUUCGUCUCGCUCCUCGCCAAGCUCAUCGGCGAGGCCCGGCACGUCCAGAACAACCCCCCGGACCUCGUCCCCAAGGAGGAUCGCGUCGUCCGCCACGUCCUCGAUGUACUGCUCCCCUACAGCACCACUCCGCCGCCCGGCGCCGCAGGGGGCCCCCUCGUGGUCAGCCAUGUCAGCUACGUCGACGGCCGGGGCAACAUCAUCGUCGAGUACCCGGGCGCAGCCCCCGGCAGGAUCCUGUCCUUCGUCGGCUGCCACAUGGAUGUCGUCCCCGCCAACCCCGAGGAUUGGGUGCCCUGAUCUGUCCCUUUCUGCCCUCUUUUGCGGCCGCCCCUCUCUCGAGCUGAAGGAAGAGGAAAGAGGUUUGAUCCGAGAGCAUGUUUUGAAUCAAUGUUUGUGGUUGCCAGGAUUUUGAUCCCUUCUCCCUGAGCGUGGAGGGCGACCGGCUGAGGGGUCGGGGGACGACAGACUGCCUAGGCCAUGUAGCGCUGGUGACGGAGCUCAUGAGGAGGCUGGGGCAGACGAAGCCAGCCCUCAAGUCCACCGUCGUGGCGGUGUUCAUCGCCAACGAGGAAAACUCCUCGGAGCUUGGAAUCGGUGUGGACAUGCUCGUCAAGGAUGGAUUGCUCGACAAGCUCAAGCAAGGCCCCCUGUGAGUGGACCAUUUAUCCUUAUGUCCUUUUGUUUCCUCUCAAAUGGUCUACUUUGCCCGAAGAAUUCAGACUGUGGUAAGCUAGUGGUUCAUUCUCAAUUAUAUUUUCUCUGUCAAAUUUUCAGUCGGAUUGAUGAUUCAGACGCGAAAAUUCAUGAUUUUAUAGAUUAGAAAUAAGAACACAUUGUAGAUUAGGAAUCUAGCCUGACAUUUUUUUUUUCAAGGAUGUCUCAAAGUUUCUGUCUUUCAUAGUCGGCAGUUGGCUAAUAUUCCUGCCAGAAAAAUAAAUAUAGGGGAGAUUGGGAAGAUGGGGAGCUGAUAAGGGGUAUGCUGGUUGGAUGCUCCAGUAGAUUUAUGAUCCAACUUGCCAACUUCUUGUUCUUCUGUGUAAAUUAUUAUACGAGAAGAUGGUUUCAGAUAUCAAGUGUACAGAAGGACGUAAAUCAAUGUGUCAAAAGACUUCCUAAGGCAUUAUGUCUUACCCUUGGAUUUUAGUAUUCUCAGAUGUAAUAUUUAACCUCAAGAUUUUAUAGAACCUGAAGUCACAGCCCCGGAGAGCAGUAAUUCUCUUCGCAUCUGAUUUAUGUUCUUGAGAAGUCUCUGGGAGAAUAUCAGGGCCUUUGGAGGUAGCAUAACCUAUGAGAAGUUUCCACUUUCCCCUGGAGUUCUCUACUUCUUUAGUGGAUGCACACUCCAUAUCACCACUUUGUGUCCCUUUGUUACUUCUUUCUUUCCUCCUACUUCUGAUUUUCUCUGAUCUUCCUUCUAUUUCUUGUCUUUUAUUGGCAUUUUCCAAGAAAUGUGGACAGCCAGACUGUUUUUCUAAGUAUGUAACUGUGUAGUUUCCGUCAUUGACCCCAACCAACGAGUACUUGGUGGGUACAUAAUAUACCCUACAGAUAUAUUUGGCGACUAUAUUCAAUUCAAAUUUGCUGUUUUUCCCCGUCUAUAUCCCUCAAGUUCUAUGAUACCCUGCUUAUCAUUAUCUCCUUCUCAUCUUGUCCAAAGAGAAUCCAACCCAGUGAAAGUUUUGCAAGUUUUCUAAAUCUUUCCUGUAUUGGCUGAGGGAUACCUUUUCCAGUCCUUCAACCUUACUUGAGUUCUGCAAAUUGGAGGGAACCCCUCAUAUUUCAACCGUUUUGAGAUACAAAUUGGAGGGAAUUUUUCUUCCUCUUCCUUAUUUUUCUAAAGGAUGCCAAAAUUCUAAAUCUUCCUUUUACCAUAAUUUUCAUUAAGCUCUAUUUUGUUGUCAACUUCCUUAGCCAAUAGCAUCCAUACUCCAUUACCACGUGACAAAUGUGUUAGAAACACUGGCAAGCCCUGUUUGGUGAGUUCAACCCCCGUUUUAGUUAUAGGAAUCCAUCCCUUUUCUUGGCUGGAUUGGCGGCCUCAUAUUGAAUGAGUGACUCCGACUCUUAUGAUUAUAAUUCAUGAACAAGUUUGGCUGAAGACCAUGGGUAUCAUCUGUGGCCGCUCCAAACCCAUAACCUUCCCAGUCACCAAGCAACACAACAGCAAUACCAAUAAACAUCAACAAAAGAGUCCCAUUGGUGGUGCCUCCAGGCCGAAAACAUCCCCUCUAUUAAAGCUGUUGAACAACUGUUUUCAUUAUUUUCUGCUGGAUUCUUCCCAUGCACAUUUUUCCAUUCCCCAUCCUUUCACCCAGGGUCUAUUCACACUUCUCCCCUCAUAUUUUUCAUCUAUAGAUCCUGUCACCUUUUCUUCAAGCGCUGAUAUUAUCACUCGCUACUAUCUGUGCACUAUAUACGAGAUGUAGAAAAAACCAUACGAAUCAAAUUUACUUGCCUGUUAAAAUUGCUUUUCGAAGCAGGGUGGUCUCAUAUAUUGAUGUUAGCGUUAUUGAAUAGAAGUUUAAGAGGCAGAGGGGCUUUUUUUUUCAACUAGUUAAUUGUUAGUAGAUGUCUUCUCUUUUUUUAUACAUUUGAAAAUUGAACCUGUUCAGGUGAUUUGCCAAGACAAUUUCAUUGAUCUGCAAGAAAUUGUUUGGUCCCUGAAUUUUGUGAACUCUACAUUUUCAACGCUGUUGAAGUUCACUAAGAAGGGAAAGUAAUGGCACAGUGAGUCGAGCAUGGAUAUAAUAUUUUCUUAAUUAUGCUUUGUCAUGGUUGUGUAGGUUUUGGAUUGAUACAGCUGACAAGCAUCCUUGCAUAGGCACUGGAGGAAUGAUCGUAUGGAGACUCAGAGCUACUGGUAAGCUCUUCCAUAGUGGUCUUCCACACAAGGUAGGCAUCUGAACACUCCUUCCAACUUUACUAGGUUUUAAUUAAUAGGUCUGUUCAUAACUCCAACCAGGAGAUUUCUGUGAAAUUUUGGUGUUUUUUCUUCUGAAUUCUUGCAUAUAUCAAAGUAAUGGGCAUAAGGAUUCAUAUAUGCAGCAUUCUUCACUUUACAAUUUAUCGGCAGAAAUUAGGAUCUGAAGCAUCUCAUCCAUCAGUUGUCAUGGACAUAAUGCACGCCAUUGGUUUAUCCUCAUAUCACUUACUGUACACAUUGAUGCUGUGUUUCUCUGCUGGUACAUCUUUUUCUAUUGACGAAGGAAGGAGUGAAGUUGGGAUUCGUCAAGUCCCAUAAGCCAUAUAUGUAUAUUAUAAUGUAUACUUUUUGAAACAGAGUUACAUGCAGGAUUCACUAUAAAAUUUUGGCGUACGCCUUGUGAACUUGGAAGCUAUGUUUUAUUAGCGUAAGGUUUGGUCCUCAUAGGUGCGGUCAAAUAGGUAGCUUCCAGGAUGUGAAUGCAUAGUUUUGGACUAUGCUUUGGACCAAACCAGUACUCCGGCUACCUUUCAAGUUAUCAGAUAUAGAAUAGGCGGAAAGAGCAUAAUUGAAACUAUCAACUUCUUGGUGAAAGAUGAGAGAAGAUAUGGAAAAUUACAGCUGCUCUUUGAUACUUUUAUCACCAAUUGUUCCCCAUUGUUUUCAAGCUUUUGAUUGUCAAAAAGCUUCUGAGGGAAAUGUAUAUUCCCUUAGAAUUAGUGUUUUGAAUCCUUGUGCCUUCCAAAAUAUCAUAUGCAUAUUGGAUAGAAAGAACAUAAUGGCUGGACCUAUCUGUGUUGAGUUAUGGGUUAAGUCAAAAUAGUAAUUAUGAUUUUGAUGAUUUGUAGACAUUAAUAUGUAAUUGAUUUAUGAAUAUUAUGUGAUCUAAAUUGAAUAAGAGCUUGAUGUAUUAAAUGAUAUUAAAUGGUUUAGAUUAUUUCAGCAAAAAAUUAAGGUCUUGAUUGUCUUAUUCUAUUUCAACUUUCGAUUAAGGAUAUGAUUGUUAUAUAUUUUGGAUAAAAAUACAAUAAUAAAUUUUUAUGAGGUAAAUAUGUUGUCAUCUCAUGUGUAACUCUUAUUGUUUUAAUUUUCUAUAUCAAAUAGCUCCAAUAAUAUAGGCACAUAAGUGAUCAAUAUGAAGCUCUUUGAAUGAAGAGUCAAGUGAAAUAAAUUUCAGAAAAAAUGGUCAUAGCAUUGAUUUUGAUAUUGAUUUUACGAGAUUACUAGUUUAAUAUAUUGUCAUAGGGGCAAAACAGUCUAAAAGCAUGAUAUUUCAUGCUAAAAUAUUUUUAUUCUCAGAUAUACUACAUGACAAAUAUAGGCAUAAGAUCAUUAAAAGGAAAACCAUUCCUAAAACUUCAAAGUAUCACGAGAGUUAUGAAUUUUUGAUUUUUUAUGACUAUUUUUUCUAUGUUUCAUAAGAUCUACGAACAGCCUAUUAAAUUCUAUUUUAAUUUGACCAUUUGACCCGAUAAGGGCCAAAAGGGGGUGCUCCAACCCACCUAUAAAUAAGACAUUUUGCUCAAAUUAGGGCAAGAUAGAAAGACACGAUUUUCAGGCAACGGUUAUUGCUCCAACAAUGAUUCCUCUUCUUGGUCAACUCAUUUUAAUUCUCCAAGAUUCAAAGGCGAGAUUAAUUGCUUCAAAGGAGUUACGGAUACUUCUUCAACCAUCAAGAGCUUCUUCCUUCAGCCCAACAUCUCUCAACACCUUCAACAACUCUUGGUGUACAAAAAUGAGAUUUGAAGGCUACGGUAAAAUUAUUAUUUAUUGGUAUCUUGUUCUAUGGUGUGCUAGGAUGUCCUUCUUGCACAUGUGAUGAGCUUGAGAGGAAGAUUCACACCUGUGGUGUGAUGGUGACCUGAAAAGUCCAUGUGGUGCACUUUGUCAAUAAACAAGUACUUGUGUUGUACUUGGUCGGUCUAUUUAGCUCCUUUGGUGAGCUAAAGUCUUUCUCAGUAUUUAGGCACCAUAGAGUGAGGCCUAUAGUGCGCUCAUGUCUAGGUGAAGAUUGCUAUAAGUGUAGCUUCUAGCAUAAAUACGUAGACUUGAGGAGUCUAUGGUGUAAUGGGGGAACUAAGUUUAUAAGUCAACUGUAAUCAUGGGGUGUGGUUAGUGGAAAUUCAAAGUCCAUUGACUUGAGAAGUGGAUGUAGGUCAGAAGAGUUUGACUGAGCCACUCUAAAAUCUGGCAUUAACUAUUCUGUUUAGAUUUAUUUUACAUUUAUAUAUGAAUAUAGAGAUAUAAAUGAGAUAUUAAUAUACAAGAGAAAAUAAAAGAAAAAAUAUUAUACUUAAUCAAAUGAAAAUUUAAAAAUCAAUUCAACCCCCCCUCCUCUUGAUUUAUCCAACCACCAAAGGACCAACAAUUUGAAUCUAUCAACUUCAAUGGGAAGAAUGAGAGAAAAUGUAAAAAGUUGUCGCUACUCUUUGAUCUGUCGUUAUCACUAGUUCUUCCCCCUUUUUUUUUCUAAUGUUAUACACUGUAAGAGUGUACAAUGGAAAUAGAUAAGUGUCUUAGAAGAUGGGUUUUAAUUUCUUCUGUCAACAGGCUAUCAAUCCUUUGGAGCUGGCUAUGGAAGCUCUUAAAGAAAUUCAGCUACGAUUUUACAAGGACUUCCCUCCACAUUCCAUGGAAGCAGUUUAUGGGUUUGCUACUCCAUCAACAAUGAAACCGACUCAAUGGAGCUGUAAGUUUUGUACUUCCUCAUUAUAUCUGGCAACAUCAUGUUUCUCUAAUGAACACCUACAGAAGCCAGCAUAUACGAUUUUGAUGCAUAGCUUAUUUCAGAUCCUGGAGGUGGAGUCAGCCAGAUUCCCGCCGAAUGUACAAUCUCUGGGGAUGUUAGGUGUGCAUUUAUUUAUUUACCUACUUAUAUAUAUUAGAUAACUCACAUUUUUUCAGGUCCAUAGAAUAAUGGCUUCUAGAUUUUUAGAAUUACAAUCUUGUUAGAAUUUAAUAUAAUGUCUAAUUUAUCUUUCAUGCAAUUUAAGAAAAAUGGUAUGCCGGGCUGAGCUGACAGGUUUUUAGAUCGUUCUUAAGAAUCCAUCUGAAGAUUUGACCCAAUAGUCUCAUAUCUGCCACAGUUUUCUUCCCAAGAAUAUAUGAAUAUCGUAUAUUGCAUACUUGCUCCAUCAACUACAUGGCAUUUCUUCUGACAGCAUCUCAUAAUUGGAAGAAGAUGAGAAAUUUGAUGUCAGUCUGUUCCAUUUUGUAGGUUGACCCCCUUCUACAGGCAAGUUUUUUCUACCCCAUCUGUGAAUUAUUUCCACCAUGAUUCUUAACAUGUCUCAUAAAAAACCCAGUUUGUGUGAGUAAUAAUUCUUCGUCGAGACUUGUGAAACUCCGCUUCUUCUCCAGCCCGGCAGAUGUGGUGAAGAAAUUGCAGGAAUAUGUGGACGAUAUAAAUGCUAACGUGGAGAAGCUCGACACCCGCGGACCCGUCUCAAGCUAUUUCCUUCCUGAUGAAAAUUUGAGGGGGAGGUGAGCUUUCAUCAUUUAUUUAUCAUAUAUAAACCUUUUUUUUUUUUUACUUCAUAUACCAAGAACCCUGAACGUGCGGCUGGUUUUGGAUACUGACAUCAAUAAUUAUUUAUUUAAAUCCCGGGUUUUUUCACGUUAAUUUCAAUUGGAUUUAAUUUACUUGUCCUAAUUGCGUUAUUUUUCGUAUUCUAGUGGAAAUUAGUAUCAAUGAAGCUGUGGUACCAUCAUAUUAUCUCAUUAAAAACAAGAAAAAAAAAUUAUGGGCAUGCAUAUAUAUCUAUCUAUGUUCAGCUCUCAUCAUUCAACGAUGCGAUCUGAUCAUCCUGUCAUCCGAUUAAACACAAGAAGAAGAAGAAGAAGAAGAAGAAGAAGAAGAAUGUACAUCAAUAGAUAGAGACGGCCGUGAGAUGCGGUAAUAUUCAGUUCUUCAUAUGAAAAGAAAUUAGGAUUUUCUUUUUUUUUCUCUCACAGGGUGGAGAUAAGCUUCAACGAGGCCGUGACGGCGGGGGUCGCCUGCGACCUCAACUCUCGCGGCUACCAUGUCCUCUGCAGGGCGACGACGGAGGUGGUGGGCCACGUCAAACCCUACUCCAUCACCGGCACUCUCCCCUUGAUCCGAGAUCUCCAGGCAAGUCUCCCGCUUGCUUCCUCAUAAAAAUCCCUCCUUUUCGGCUGUUCCAGCUUGAAGAUGCUCGCUUAUCCUCCUCCCUCUGGCCCUCUUGUUUUCGGAUGCAGGACGAGGGCUUCGAUGUGCAGACCACUGGCUAUGGUGAGGACCUUCUUCCGGCGUCUCUUUCGCAUAAAAAUCGCGCCUUUCUGGGUCUGUGAGCUUGUUCUUCGCGCGUGCAGGGGUAAUGGCCACGUACCACGCGAAGAACGAGUAUUGCCUCCUGUCGGACAUGUGCCAGGGGUUCCGGGUCUUCGUCAGCAUCAUCUCCCAGCUGGAAGAAUCGCCCUAG